AUGCUUCCCAAAAGGCAACAGCACGAUGCCGAGGAAACAAUAAGGAAGUCACAGCCACUAGCGGUUUUCCGGCCAUGGUCAUGGUUUCCAGACUAUGCUGAAGAGCCCAAGAAGGAGGUGCAACAAAUAACGACCGAUCCCGAUCCUGUUCGCAGAUGGAUAAAAGGCGUUGUGAUCUGUUCAUGGAUCAUUGGGGGUGUCCUCGCCUUGAACAUCAUCCUCACCGUCAUCGCUGCUGGUCUGGCAUAUUCGGGGAAUAGUGGGCAAAUCUUCUCAUUUGCUUCACUCUAUAUGGGAAAGUGCUCUACUUCCAAGAAUUGGACCACUGGCUUGCACCUCCUGAUCAAUAUUCUCAGCACUGCCCUUCUGGGGGCGAGCAACUACUGCAUGCAGUUCCUUGCAGCCCCCUCACGAGAACAGGUGGAUAAAGCGCAUAGUCAAAAGACAUGGGUUCGAAUCGGCGUCCCGAAUAUCAUAGACCUUAUUCGUUACCAAACAGGCAGGCGACGCCUUCUAGGAUCGGUCCUCCUGAUCACCUCAUUGCCUAUUCAUUUGAUUUACAAUUCUGCCGUUUACUUCUCCAUUGGGCCAAUGGAAUAUUCAGUCGUUGCAGCACAGGAUAGGCUUAUUCAGGAACAUGGCAAUACCACGGAAUUUGAACAAUGCUUCACAGAAAAUGUCGGAAUGGAAUUGGCAUCUUUCAAUUCUGCGAUCCGUGAUGGGAGUUUCAACGCUCUCUCCAAGCAAGAAUGUGUUGAUAUUUUUGCUCAAGACUAUGCAUCCGGGUAUGGAAUAGUUGUUCUGAUAACCAAAGACUCGAUUCCUCAAAACGAGUCCGUGGCCUUGAUAGGAACUGGAAACAGUCAAAACUUUGAGGGUGGUAAUUCUCAAUUUAGCUGGCUGUGUGACGAACAAUACCCCUGCACCAAGAGUAUAGCCGAAGAAAACACCCAUAACUGGACCGUUCGCGCAUUAACGUGGUCACGUCCCACCAUUCGUCUGUCGGUGCCUAUCCCAGGCGGAAUUUAUGAGAGUGGAGGAUGGUUAGAUGUUGGACAUUACGGCAUUCCCGAAACCGAGGACUACAACCAUCUUGAUGAUAUUCUCGACAAAUAUCCUUCCCUGGAGGAGCUGCAAGUUGAGCUAGAUAAUCCUUCCGGCUGGGUUAACAGUUCAUUCCCGGGUAGUGUUACAGUACGCAAAGGUGAACCUGAGUGCACGUACCCGAGAGUCUACGGUAAACAGACUUUGCGAUCAUAUUCAAUCGAUCACUGUAUGACGCUGCCAAUUAGGGAGACUUGUCAAUUAUUCUUCAGCCCACCGAUCUGCCUGAUUGUAAUCGGCUGCAAUAUAGUCAAGCUCAUCUGUGCGCUGUUAGCGGCGCGCGAGAACAGAAAAGAUAUUUUCCUCACUACUGGAGACGCGAUCGCAUCUUUCCUUGCCAAACCGGACCCAGCCACCGAGGGAGCCUGUCUGCUGUCCGGGUCUCUAAUUAAGAAGAGAACACAAGGAUGGCGAAAAUACAAGGGCCGUGAACGCAAAUAUUUGGAUCUGGAGGAAAUCAAACAAGAGACUCCGCUUCGUUUACCUCCAAGAAAACGAUGGUUUCAAGCUGCGAGUAUAUCCCGCUGGGUGUAUACGAUUCUCCUAUUCGUGUGUAUGCUGAUACCAUCCGUCAUCGUUCUUCGCCUGGGGAUUCUCAAUUACAACAAAGCCUCAAAAUCGAACAACCUAUGGGACUCUGGCCUGGGGGAUGCAAGCACAGGGACUACCCUAGCGGGCCUGAGUAUUCCCGGUACCGCAAGUGGGAUAUUUUCCAUGAUCUUCCUAGCCAACGUACCACAGAUACUUGUCUCACUAACCUACUUCUUCUACAAUGGCCUGCUUACCUGCAUGCUCAGCGCGGUCGAGUACGACAACUACGCCACUGAUCAAAAACCCCUUCGCGUAUCCUGGCCCCGCGGCGCCCAGCGUUCGACAUACUACCUCAGCCUUCCAUACCGAUACAGUGUCCCGCUGCUGGUAGUCUCGGCUGUUCUCCACUGGCUCGUAUCCCAAAGCUUUUUCUUCGUCCAGGUAAUCCCAUUCAAUCGGCACGGAGUACCUCAAAGAAGCUCCCCAGAUGUCCUCGUUACUUGCGGCUAUUCACCCGUUGCCAUAAUCUUCGGAAUAAUCGUUGGUGGCUUGCUGCCCAUCGUCGCUGUACUUCUGGGCUUGCGUCGCUUCAGAUCGCACAUGCCGCUGACUGGACAGUGUAGUGCAGCAAUAAGCGCUGCAUGUCACCCCAUGACUACGGCGGUUGACCAUGCGCUGAAACCAGUGCAAUGGGGUGAGGCUCCAGAUAAUGUCUUGUCGCAUAGCAUGUUUUCGAACACAAUAACGACGGAUAUUGAAUGUGACACUCGACCGAGAGUUGAGAGUGAUGAGCAACGGCCGUCUUUGGCUGCUGAGCUGGAUAGGAACGAUUCCAGGGCAGUUGGUUUCCUGCAUUGCUCAUUUACCUCGGAGGAUGUUAGUGAGCCGAGCACAUCACGUCUCUAUCUCUAG